UCUCUCUCUCACACUCACACACACAUCUCCGGCUCUCCUUUUCUGUCUCCCUCCUCCUCUCACCUUGUCUCUGCUCUCUCAGACCUGUACCUGAAGCCCCAACGACCUCCUUUCCGACAGUGCUAGUCUCCAACCCCGACUCCUGAUCUUCCCCUUCCCUGGCAUCCGGCUCUGCUUCAAGCAUUCUUCUGUCUUUCACCCCCCAGCUCUUUUCAGCCGGUGCCUUGCUCCCCUUGCUCCCAGCAUGACUCCCACCCGUGCUCCAUGGGCCUCCCCCAAACUUCUCCAAGAUGAUUCUUUCGCCCUGACUUCCCUUCCACCAGUCUAUCCACUCUGCACCCUUUAAGGCUCCCUUCCAUACAAUACUAACCCUGUUGCACCUCCCUGCAGUGCCACCCUACCCCAAACUUCCCACACCCCCGCCGCACCCUGAGAGUCUCCCAGGGAGUCACUCCCACCCUCUCUUCAUCCCGCUUACUCUCCUUCCCCCCCAGGAUCACCUUCCCCAUUUUCUCCCUGUCUCACGGCGCUCCCCCUGCCCCACCCCGUUCUUCAUCUCCUCCAAGUCUUUCCCCAUCCUCCCAUUCUCCCCCUGAGGAGCGCCCCCUCUCCCCUAGCAGCCUCUACUUCCUCCAGCCUCCCAGAUCAUCCUUGCUUCUCUGUCUCUUCCAUCCCCGCGCCCCCCGUGACUCCUCCUGCUACCCCCGUUUCUCAUAGCUCCCAUCCCCCGUGACUCUCCUCCCUCCCUAUCUCUCCAUCGCACCCUCCGCCGCUCACUCCUCCAGAAUCCCCCUUGCUGUUCCCUCGCCCCAUCUGGCCCGCCGCGCUCCCGCCCCAGUCCCGCCCGGCUCCCAGGCUGCGCGCUCCAGGCUGGGUGCGCGCCAUGGGCAGCGGCAGCAGCCGGAGCGGCCGGAUCCCGAGGCGGCGACGCAGCCCUGACAGGCGUCAGACAGGCCCGGGAGAGACAGCCUCGGAGGGCGGCACGGCUGACCAGGCCCGGACGGCCGCGGGGCAGGAGGAGAGCGGCCGCGACCCCCGACCCGCGACGCCCUCCGGUGGCCGGGAGGAGACCCUACGCCUGCUGGAUCAGUUGCUGGCCGAGUCGGAGGCCUGGGGGCCCCAGGAGCUGACCCCACGAGGCCCCGCCCGGCUCGCACCCGCGGUGUCCCCAGAGAAGAAGGUUAAAGGCAACCCUGAAGACAGCUGUGCCUCUGAAGCCCCGGGGAACAGCCCCAAGAGACCCGAGGGGCAGUCGGCCAUCUCCUAUGACUACUCAGAAGAGGAGCUCAUGGCGAGCAUUGAGCGGGAGUACUGCCGCUGAGCUGGACAAGCAGCCCUGGGCAUCACUGGCCUUGCAGGUGGGGAAGGGUCAACCCCUCUUGGCAUCUGUGCCACAGGCUUCUAGAAGUUUCCACCAAGGUAUGUUCUCAGUCUUCACACUAAGGUUUCUCCAGAGUGAUGCAGUUUCCUCCGUGUAUGUCAGUUUCCAAGUAUCCGGAUGGCAGGCAGAUGAUGAGUGUGUAGGUCUAGAUGGGUCCAGAGAUUGUAUUUCUGACAGCUUCGAGGUAAUGGCAAGCUGCAAGGACUGAAGAGCUUCAGCGUGUACAAGGGACUCAGAGCCUGAGUCCCUUGGCUUCUCCCUUCUGUGUGCUGGGGGCUCCUCCAAGCCACAGUGUAGCAGCCUCCCCUGCUUGGAUGUAGCAGGAAGAAAGAGGGCUGGGAACCACAGACUUCUUUGGCAUCCCGGUAUUACAUUAGCUUGCUACCACUUCCCUCUCUGGGCCUCUCAGUUUCUCUCUUGGGGAGAAUCCUGGAGGUUCUUUGAGGUCUUUCAAGCUCUAUUAGUUUGGCAGCUAGACAAACUGAGGGUUUGUGUCAGAAAAGGGGGUAGAGAAUAGGGAAACAAUGGCAACUUUUGCUAAGGUCAAAACAGGUCUCGGUUUAUGUUGCAUCCCCGGACCAAGACAGUGGCCUUCAUCAGCAUCUUCCCUCUCCUGAGAACAGCUGCCAGUCCAUGAAUCCUCAGAACACAACCUAGAGUAUCUCAGGAACCAAGGAAGAAUGGUCACUGAGACCGUCCCCACACCCUCGGUCCUUUGCUGUCACCUGCAAAUGAUUCCAUGAACUCGUGACUUGACAAGAGUACCUUUGAGUACUUGGCUGAGAGACUGCAACAGUUGGAGCCCAGAGCCAUGGAGUGUCUACCGAAUGGCUGAGGGUCGGGUCAAAACCUCCCAGAGCUAGCAACUGUAUCUUACUGGAGCCCAAAGGACUGCUUUUGCUAUGAAAAUGAAGCUGUUUCUAUUUUGAUAACACAAAUAUUAAAAAUGCUUAUUUUAAAAAAGGUUAAAAA